UAUACCUUUUUAAAGUAUUUUGUUAUGUUUGAAAAUAAAGACCGACAUAUAUAAAUAUUUAUUUCUAGUCUUGUGGUAAUCCAUAUUCUUAUUGAUGUAAUUAAAGAUAAUAAAUUACUGUUGUAUUUAUAUGAGGUAACUUUUAAUAGUAGUUGAAACCAUUUUUAUUUGUCUACGAGGACAAUUCUCACCUCCCCCAAAUAUAAUAGCAAACUACAAGAGCUGCUUACUUGACCACUAGAGUUAACUUCGUCUUCUAUAACAAAUAAGAAUGGAUGAGGAAGAGGACAAUAAGUUUGCAUCCUGCACCUACUUCGCAAGGAACCACCCAGGCGAAACUUGUGGUAGUAAUGGAUUACCGCUUACACCGAGUUCUGUAACAAUAUUGGGUCGAGCUCAGCGGUUAUUAACUAUAGAACACAGAAACCUAUGCACGUAUCUGGAUAUAAUCCGAGGAAAACAUGAAAGAAUAAUUGUGGUUGCUGAAGUAAUAGGAAAAUCAUUAGCAGAACAUACAUCAAAAUUUUCAAUUCAGGAAAUUAUAAGUAUAGGAGUUCAAAUAGCUAAUGCUAUGUGUUAUCUCCAUCAGCAAGGAAUAACUCAUAGGGCACUCUCUGAUGAUAAUAUUUUAAUAGAUAGUUGUGGUAGAGUAAAAUUGUACAAUUAUGGAAUGUACUAUAUGACUGAUGGAGGCAAAGAAGUACCAUUUCCUCUGGGACUUCCACGCUACCUAAGCCCCGAAACCAUAUUGAAUGGUGCUGGACCAUCAGCAGAUAUAUGGAGUUUUGGUAUAAUUCUGUUGGAGCUGUGCAUUGGUAAAUUAUGGAAUACUUUGAAGCCUGGUCCAAUAUUAAGAAGAAUACUUACACUUGUGCACGCCAAUAACCCUGCAGAAAGGAUUGCUAGAGAACAUGAUUGCUAUGAUUCUUAUAAGGCACUACCAGAAAAUAUUAGAGAUAUCAUAGAGAAAUGCCUUACAAUAUAUCCAAGUGAACGAUCUACAUUUUCUGAGAUUUCUGAAGUUUUAAAGAUGAUUAACAAUCAAAAACCUAUAGAUCUUAAAGUACCAAGAGGUUUAUUAGGAUGUAAGUUACAAUAUCUUUACCACUGGUGGCAAUUGGCUGGUGGUGACAUCAUUUCAGAGCUAAAACGAAAUGGUUUAAUCAAGAAUAGUCCACCGAUUUUGGCUAUGCCAAUUGCUAUACUUCUAGACGGCUGCACUAUAGGUGGCAAAAAGAAUGCUGUAUUUGACAGACGGAUAGCCAAAUAUAGUUUACAGAUAUUAAAGAAUCGCUUAGCACAUAUAUCACCUCAUGAUUUCUACCCUCUAAUGCAUGAGAAACGGAAAGAAUGUGACACUGUAUCAUUACCAAAGAUUAUUCGGGAGAGAGAUACUGAAUAUCAGUUUUAUAGACUACUUUGGUUUCAAAGGCUUCUUCAUGGCUACCCAUACACAUCUCAAUAUAUAAGGGCCCAAGCUGAAGUCGACAUACCUCCAUUGGUCCGGGGCGAUGUAUGGGCCGCGUUAUUGGGUGUUUUUGGAGAUAUUGAAGAUCAGUAUGAAAGGAUUGAUAAGGAGACACCUACACCUACUGACAGACAGAUUGAUGUUGACAUACCCCGCUGUCAUCAGUACUGCUGGUUGUUAUGUGGUCGCGCCGGUCAUAGAACCUUAAAGCGUUUGUUAAAGGCCUGGUUGUUAACCAACCCGCAAUACGUUUAUUGGCAAGGAUUGGACUCGCUGACCGCACCAUUCUUAUACUUGAACUUUUGCAAUGAGGCCCGUGCGUUCGCCUGUCUGUCGGCAUUUGUUCCGAAGUUUUUACAUAAAUUCUUUCUGAAGGACAAUAGUGCUGUUAUAAAGGAAUAUUUAGCGAAAUUUUGGCAAAUUACGACGUUUCAUGAACCAGAAUUGGCUGCACAUUUACACGAUAUUAACUUUGUGCCAGAGCUUUUCGCUAUUCCGUGGUUCUUAACUAUGUUUUCACACGUUUUUCCCCUACACAAGAUCGUGCACCUAUGGGACGCUUUGUUAGUGGAAGGUCCACAACUGCCACUAUUUAUGGGUCUUGGGAUAUUACGCCAAUUGAGGGACACACUUCUCGAUUCAGGAUUUAACGAAUGCAUUUUGCUUUUCUCGGAUCUUCCUGAAAUAGAUAUUGGGGAGUGUGUUAAGGUAUCAAUCGAAAUGAGUCGAAACACUCCGCGCAGUAUCAGCUAUAGAAGAUUUACUAAUGAACCAGAAAUCAAGGAUCCUAUGGACGUUGUAGAAGUACCUAUGGAGGUAUUGUUAGCAGAAAUUUGUCCACGAAUCAGUUUGACGGAUUUCUUUUCGCUCACCUGUCAAGAGAAAUGCUGCGUAGUGGAUAUAAGAUCGAAUUUACUUUACGAGAAGAGUUGCAUAGAGGGCAGUAUCAACGUGCCCUACAGUGGAGUUCACUUGGGGCAGCAUGAGCUCAGGGCACUAGGCUUGCAUCCGUCCAAAGUGCUUAAUAACAUCAUCGCUCAGAAGAAAACUGUCAUCGUUGCCUCAGCGGAAGAUGAGACUGCUCAAUUGUUCAGCGAGUACUUGGUGAAAUGCAAAGUGCCCAGGGUGUGUAUUCUUCAUGGUGGCGUAUCGGCUUUACAAUCGCACGUACCCUCGCUGUUCUCUGUGCCGCCUAAACGGAUUGGUCCUAAAUAGAUUUUGUAAUGGCUCCAUGGCCUAUUUUUAUGUAACAGCGCUUCCACAGACACUCGUGAAGUAUAUAGUGUGUUAAAGUUACUGCUUGUAUUUGCUGGAAAUUGGAUAUUUUCUAUUCAAUGCGUCGACACGCGGCAUCGAUCACACCCGUACUGGCCGCAACAAGUGAACUCCUACAGAAUGUUUCCCCUAGGACCAAUUCAAAUACCCCUAAAUCAAAACCUCUAAAGUUUGUGCACUCGGUUUCGAGCUUUAUUUCACAACAGUUCUUGAAGUACCUCCUAAAAUAAAUGUUCGCUCUAAAUAACCCUUGACAUCUUGAUUAUCUAAAUAUGUCUAGUAGUGGAUCCUAAAUUUGGGGGAAAUCCCCCAAAUUGCAUCGCUGCUAGUAACGUUAGCCAUUACAUGAUAUAACACGUCUUAUAUAGCACAACACAAUCUACAAACCCAGAUAUUUUUAAUCAAAAAGAGGCAAAUCAAAAGCGUUGCUGGGGGCCUUUUAAGGAAUAGUACGCGAAUGUUGUUUGAAAAUAUAUACCAACCUUUACAAGGAUGUAUAAGCGAAUAAUAAAUAAUUUCUUAUACUAUCUGUCAGUUCUAGUAACGGCGAGUUCAUGUGGGCGGACUCUAUGGACCUAUAGGGGAAGAUUCAGAGUCGAUACAUUUUGAAUUUUAACAUACCCCUACUUGAAGUCAGCGAAACAAGCUCAUAGUGUGUGGGGACUAAGUCUCUUCUAUCAUAUUGAUUUUGAUCUGUAGUUCGUGCUAAGUAAUGCCUGUAUGGAGUCGCUAUUAGAUAAUAAACUAAUUUAUUUUGACUCGAAUUAUUUUUAUACAUAUAAAGAUAUUCUCUUACAAAUAUGCUGCAAAUAUAGUUAUAGCAAUUGGCUGUUGUUUUAGAUAAAAUAAUUUAAAAAAAUAGAACAUGGAUAGUCAUCGUUAAAUUGUAAAUUUAGUUACCCAAAAUGAAUUUGUAUUCACAUAAUCGAUAAUAUUUUAUCAUAUAAAAUAACCAUGGACUGUAAAUCAUUUUUAGGGUUUAUUAUUGAUAAUAAUUUGUAUUAUAUUUACGAUAAGUAUAUAGAUAAGUGCAAUUUUUAAUAAAACAUACCUUAAUCAUGUUUGUAUAGACAUAUAUAUUGUACUUUAGUAAUAAAUA